UUAAAUGUCAUUAUUUUACGUUUAUCAUUUCAUAAAAUGCAUUCGUUGAUUAUUUUUUUACUUUUUAUUUUGCUUCAAAUACUAAAUUGUACAGCAAUUACUGGAAAUUCAAUUUGUAGAAAAGAAACGGCAUGCCGAUGUCGUUAUAAUGAUGGAACUGGAAUAGAUUUAAAAGAAACGUCAAUAGUAUCAGUUACUUUAGCAAAUUAUUCAACAAUUUAUUUUCAUCCAUGCACUGAUUCAACUUUAAUGCCUGAUAAAGCAUGCAAUAAUACAUCUAUAUGUAUUAAAUCAAAUGGACCUGUCGUAACAUAUCAAAAUAUUGGAACUGCAGCGGAAGGUGAAUUUAUUCCACCAGAAAUUCAUCAAACUGUUAACAGACUGGAAUAUACUCAUAAUGAUAUCCAUACAAUUAUUGCUUUAAUUUGUGUAGAAAAUUUUGACCAAACUCAUCUUGUUGAAUUACCUGCCGUCGGAGCUCCUAAUCCUAAAGUUGUGAAUUUAGGUUUAUACAGUCCUACAGCUUGUAUAGUGGAUUUACCUGGUGAAGGAAUGAGUUCUGGAUCAAUUUUAGUAAUGUUCUUUUUACUAACAUCUGCGAUCUAUUUUAUCGGUGGUGGAACAGCCUUGUAUUUCUUGCGAGGAGCGCGUGGUCGUGAAAUGAUACCACAUGUUGAUUUUUGGACUGAUUUACCAUAUUUAGUACGAGAUGGAGCUGUAUUUCUUCAAAAUGGUUGUAAAGUGACACCACCUGGUGCCACUGUGUAUGAUCAGAUAUGAGUUAUUUUUAAUGAUGCAUAUCUGAAAGUGCAAUUAAUUAUUAAUAUAGGUAUGUUAAGUAUAAUUCUCAGUGAUGAAUCUGCCAUUCAUUUAAUGAUACAAAAAAAGAAUAUAAUUAUUAUUUUUAUUAAUACAAAGUCCUAUUUUGUACAAAUCGGUAUGUUAUUUGGUUUUUGUAUAUAUUUUAUUGAAUU